GGUUCAUAAUGAAGGCAAAAUUCGUUUGCCAAAAAAUGCCGGCCAGUACUGUCUCUCUUCCUCUAACUCUCAUUUGCAGUCCUUUCUCUGAAUCGCUGUGAGUUUUCACAAACAGAAGAAAAAAAGAGGACAGGAAAUGGACGUUACUACCGUCGACGUAAUGCCGGAAGAGUGCAUCGCCACCAUAAUUUCCUUCACAUCCCCUCGCGAAGCUUGCAGGGAUUCGCUAGUCUCCCGGAUCUUCGCGUCAGCCGCAGGUUCGGAUCUCGUGUGGGAGAGGUUUCUGCCACCGGAUUAUCAGCAGAUCAUUUCUGAAUCGGUUUCUUCGGGAUCAUCGGCAUCAUCAUCCUUGAAUAACUUAUCCAAGAAGGAUCUUUAUUUCCAUCUUUGCGACAAUCCCAUCCUCCUUGGCAACGGUAACAGGAGCUUCGCAAUAGAUAAAUUGAGUGGGAAAAAGUGUUACAUGCUGGGAGCGAGGGAGUUAUCUAUAGUAUGGGGAGACAAUCCGCAAUACUGGAGGUGGAUUUCUUCAGCUGAGUUGCCAGUUUUAGCCCAGUCCAGAUUCUCGGAGGUGGCUCUUCUUCUAGAUGUGUGUUGGCUUGAAAUAAGAGGUAGAAUUGAGACUAAAAUCUUGUCCCCAAACACAAAAUAUGGCGCAUACUUCAUAUACGCUAUUGCAGAUCAUAACUAUAAGCUUCACCACGCGGUGAAGGUGUCCAUUAGCUAUGAGAAUGAAGGUAAUGCUACCAAUGCUUAUUUGCUACCAGAUACACCAGGAGGACAUGAUGGACGACUUCCACGCAAGAGAGAGGACAAGUGGUUUGAGAUUGAGUUUGGGGAAUUCUUUAGUGGCCAAGUUGGUAGCCUGGUGGAAAUGCACUUGCUGGGGACUGCCGGUAACUGGAAGUCUGGCCUUGUGGUCCAUGGCAUUGAGCUCCGGCCAAAAUAAGAAAGGAAAAUUCUGUAUUCAGUGCAUGGCCAAGAUCUGUUGUAUCUGCUUAAAGGUAUUGUAGGUUUAUAAGAGGACAGCAGCUCUAAAAAGAUCAAGUAGUUUUUUUGACAAAUAGAGUGCAAUUAUUAUAAUUAUGAAGUUUUACAUUUGUAUCGUGCUAUAGAUGUGAGACCUUUAUUAUUUGUGUUCUUAUGAAUCCUAACUAGUUAAGAUCCA